AUGCCUUCCAGCACCGGCCAGAGCUUGGAUGACAUACUCACAAUCACGUCCUUGUUCACGCCACUUGUCACAAAGAGCUUACCCAACUCGUUCACCAUCACCUGGAGCUUCAAGUUCGCGCUCCCGAUCAAACACGUGGAGUUAAUCAUACUGGCGACCGACUGGAGGUCAGCCGAGAUGAUUUGUUGCGUCUGGAAGUUUGCCUGCGCCGCAAUCUGCUCGUUCUUCUUCCUCGCAAUCCUCCUGCUCUUUGCAAUCAUCCACAACGCCUUUCUCCGACUGCCACUGCGGGUGGAGGUUACGCAAGAAGCGUUCCCCACGUCCGACCUCAAGAUGGUGCCUGAUUUACGGUACUAUCUCAAUUUGCUAGGGCUAGACGCCCUCGAAUACUCCGUCAUCACCCCGGAUGGCUUUAUCAUCACUCUUACCCGAGUCACCGAUCUUUCGAGUGAGGAACAAACCCCCACCUCCCGUAAACCAGUUCUUCUCGUCCAUGGGCUUCUCCAGCACUCGGGAGCGUAUGUCACCUCGGGAACCAAGUCCCUCGCCUACUUCUUGCACCACCAGGGAUACGACGUAUGGCUCGGCAACAACCGCUGCGGCUUUGAUCCCCAGCACCAAUUCUACACUCCGGGAGACCCCAACAUGUGGGCGUGGGACAUCCACGAGAUGGCCAUGUACGACUUGUCUUCCCUCAUCAAAGAAGUCUUGUGCCAUUCCGUGCACCCCAAGCUUUCCCUUGUCUGUCAUUCACAGUCCACCACCCAGGCGUUCAUUGCGCUUUCCAGAGUCUCCCAAAGCUUUCCUACGACCUGUCUUAUUCAUGAUAGGGUUAACUGUUUUGUGGCCUUGGCGCCCGCAGUGUAUGGAGGCCCGAUCCUCACGGAAAAGGCAUUCAUCCGCUUCAUCAACACAUUUCCCACACCGGUCUUUCACCUCUUCUUUGGCGUCACCUCCUUCAUCCCGUUCAUGUUGACGUGCCGGCGUUGGUUUGUGCGGAUGCCCAGCUACGGCUGGUUCGCAUAUCAGAUGUUCCGCUUUCUCUUUGGCUGGAACGACAGUCUCUGGGACCCCGCGGUGCGCAACCAACAGUUUGUGUUUGCCCCUGUGUAUGUUUCCGCAAAGCUCAUCCGGUGGUGGUUGUGCAACAAGGCCGGCGACAGCACUAGGAGCGUUGGGUUUAUGAGCAACAACGGCGCGGUGUUCAAGCAUGAGGAGCGCUGGUUUGAUGAGGCACCACCGAUAAUGUUGGUGGUUGGGGGAAAGGAUAGGUUGGUUGACGGGAGCAAGUUGCUUGACCACUUCAGCACCUUCGAUGCGGGGAGUGUGGUGAGCGCGGUCACGGUCCCCGAGUAUGCCCAUUUGGAUGUUUUGUGGGCUGAUGAUGUGUUGCAGCGGGUAGGGGUCCCAAUGGCGGAUUUUCUCGCCGAGUGGGGAUAA